UUACUUGCUUUCUUUAUUCAUGUAUGUACUUUUGUUCACCCUGUAGAUGAUCACGGAGUUAGAAAUAGAAGAUAGAAGAAUACUAUACACUUCCGAUAAACGAAGUAUAGUUGAUAUAACAGAAUGUGACACGAAAAUGGUAAGGGGGUUCUCCAUGAUCCCGACCGCCCCCCUAGGAAGAUCCAAAAAGCAUCGGGUGGUUGGUCUAUUCUACACCUCGUUUGUGAUUAAAGCAUGUGAUCCUGCCUUCAUUGUAGAUAAUACAAAGCUGCGAAAAUGGCGGACGAACAGGAGGUACGGCAGCUGGAGUUGCUAUGCAAGCAGUUAUAUGAAUCACAAGAUUCUGCACAUCGUGCAGAAGCUGAAAAAGCACUUGUUGCUUUUCAAAAUGCACCAGAUACGCUUACAAAGUGCCAGCUCCUAUUAGACCGGGGAGAUUCUGCAUAUGCUCAAUUAUUGGCAGCUACCACAUUAACAAAAUUGGUUUCACGUUCUGCAGGGCUAACUUUACAACAGAGGCUGGAUAUACGAAAUUAUGUUCUCAAUUAUCUAGCAACCCAACCAAAGUUACCAAAUUUUGUGAUACAAGCUUUGGUCACAUUAUUUGCCAGGAUAUCAAAAUUCAGUUGGUUUGAUUGUGAUAAAGAAGAAUAUGUUUUUAGGAAUGUGGUCAGUGAUGUGUCAAAAUUUCUUCAGGGGUCAGUAGAACACUGUAUGAUAGGAGUUCAAUUACUUUCUCAACUGACUUGUGAAAUGAAUCAAGUAUCAGAUGCUGAUGCAAACAGAUCUCUUACCAAACAUAGGAAGAUUGCUAGUAGCUUCAGAGAUUUGCAGCUUUUUGAAAUAUUUAGGUUAUCUUGUACUUUACUAAGUACAGCACGUGAGAAUUGCAAGAAUUUAAAUUUUAAUGAUGAAGCACAGCAUGGUCUAAUUAGACAACUUUUAAAACUUGCACAAAAUUGUUUAACAUUUGACUUUAUUGGAACAUCUAUCGAUGAAAGUGCAGAUGAGCUCAGCACGGUACAAAUUCCAUCCAGGUGGAGGCCUGCAUUCUUGGAUUUCACAUCACUGAAACUUUUCUUUGAUUUGUAUCAUAGUUUACCUAAUUCAUUGUCAUCUUUGGCUCUCUCAUGUUUGGUUCAAAUAGCAUCUGUUAGAAGAAGUUUAUUUUCCAAUCCAGAAAGGGCACAAUUUCUGACACACUUAGUUAGUGGUGUAAAACAUAUAUUACAAAACCCACGAGGUCUGAGCGAUCCUGGAAACUAUCAUGAAUUUUGUAGAUUGCUAUCAAGAUUAAAAACCAAUUUUCAACUUGUAGAAUUGGUUUUAGUAAAAGAUUAUCCAGAAGCUAUACAAUUAAUUGCAAAGUUUACAGUUCAAAGCUUACAAAUGUGGCAAUUUGCACCAAACAGUUUACAUUACCUUUUAACUUUGUGGCAAAGGCUGGUAUCGUCUAUGCCUUACGUGAAAGCAGGAGACCCGCACCUGUUAAAUACAUAUACUCCAGAAAUUGUAAAUGCAUAUGUUACUUCAAGACUUGAAUCAGUUGCAGUAGUAGUUAGGGAACGUUUAGAAGAUCCACUUGAUGAUUUAGGAGUAGUUCAUCAACAGUUGGAGCAGAUAUCUGUUAUUGGAAGAUGUGAAUAUCAAAAAACAUGUACUUUAUUGGUGCAGCUGUUUGAUCAAGCUGCUAGAACAUACCAAGAAUUAAUGACACAAACAGCAUCUCCAACUCAACAAAUGGACAUCACUAUACAAGAGGGUCAACUCACAUGGCUUGUGUAUAUUAUAGGUGGUGUUAUUGGUGGCAAAAUAACAUUUAAUAGCAACGAAGAGUAUGAUGCAAUGGAUGGUGAAUUAGUCUGCAGAGUACUUCAGUUGAUGAAUUUGACCGAUUCAAGACUUGCACAAGGUGGCUGUGAAAAAUUGGAGUUAGCAAUGUUGAGCUUCUUUGAACAAUUUCGUAAAAUAUACGUAGGUGAUCAAGUACAGAAAAAUUCUAAAUUAUACAGAAGGCUGUCAGAUGUUUUGGGGGUUAAUGAUGAAUCUAUGGUACUCGGUAUUCUUAUUCGAAAAAUAAUAACAAAUCUGAAGUAUUGGGGCCGUAGCGAACAAAUUAUUUCAAAAACAUUACAGUUAUUAAAUGAUCUGUCAGUGGGUUAUAGCUGCGUUCGUAAACUUGUAAAAUUAGAAGAAGUACAGUUUAUGCUCAACAAUCAUACCAGAGAGCAUUUUCCAUUUUUGGGAAAUAAUGUUGCUGUAACAGAAAUGCGUUGUAGAUCAAUGUUUUACACAUCUUUGGGUAGAUUAUUAAUGGUAGAUUUAGGAGAAGAUGAAGAAAGGUUUCAUACUUUUAUGUUACCUUUAACAGGUGCACUAGAAAGUUUGGGACAAUUGAUGGGUGCUGCUGAUCCUUCACUGUUUGCAGCAGAAGAAGCAAAGAAAGAACUAAUUGGUUUAGCAAGAGAUUUAAGAGGCUUAGCUUAUGCAUUCAACACAAAAACAUCUUAUAUGAUGUUGUUUGAUUGGAUAUAUCCCAACUAUACACCAAUUUUAUUACAUGCUGUGGAGUUGUGGCAUUAUGAACCACAAGUUACCACACCCGUCCUAAAAUUAUUCGCUGAAUUAGUACAAAAUAGGAGUCAAAGAUUACAGUUUGAUGCCUCUUCUCCAAAUGGAAUUUUAUUAUUUCGUGAAGCUAGUAAAGUAAUAUGUAGUUAUGGUAAUCGUAUAUUAAACGUUGAAGUUCCAAAGGAUCAGAUAUACCCAUUAAAGCUUAAAGGAAUAAGUAUAUGCUUCAGUAUGUUAAAAGCAGCAUUAUGUGGAAGUUACGUAAAUUUUGGCGUGUUCAGAUUAUACGGUGACGAAGCAUUGGAUAAUGCGCUUAAUACAUUUGUAAAAUUACUUCUUAGUAUACCACAAAGUGAUAUAUUGGAUUAUCCAAAAUUAUCUGCAACAUACUAUGUGUUACUUGAAUGUUUGGCGCAAGAUCAUAUGGUUUUUCUUUCUACCUUAGAGCCAAGGGUUUUCUUGUACAUCUUAUCAAGCAUCAGUGAAGGCCUUACAGCACUAGGUGCGCAAAAAGACUCCUAUACAGAUACAAUGGUGUGUACUGGUUGUUGUGCAACGCUCGAUCAUAUUGUGACAUACUUAUUUAAACAAUUAUAUCAGAAAGGAAGGAAAAAUGCUGUAGUUCCAGGAGGUGGUGACUUAUUCUUACAAGUUUUAAAACAACAUCCUGAAAUUCUACAGCAAAUAUUAAGUACAGUUUUAAAUUUGAUAAUAUUUGAGGAUUGUAGAAAUCAAUGGAGUAUGUCACGUCCUCUUUUGGGAUUAAUUCUUUUAAAUGAAGAAUAUUUUAAUCAAUUACGAGAAAAUAUUAUUAGAAGUCAACCAGUUGAUAAGCAGGCAACAAUGGCACAGUGGUUUGAAAAUUUAAUGGAAGGGAUUGAAAGAAAUUUACUCACAAAAAAUAGAGACAGGUUUACACAAAAUUUAUCAUUGUUUAGAAGGGACAUAAAUGAUACCUUGAAAGGACCUAACACACCUGCAAGCCCUAACAGUGAUAUGAUAAUCUCUUUUAUUUAGAUUUUCCUAGGUUCUUGCCUGCCAAAUGCUUGAAUGUGUGUGCGAGUGAAACUAUAAAUUAUAGUGGAUUAAAAAUUAUGGUUUAAGAUGAGUAUAAAGAUAAUAAAUUCAGUAUCAUUGUUUUACA